UGCAUGCUGGGAGUGCAUCAGCAUUCAAUAUGGCGGCUUCCACAGCACAGGAUGGAAAGACAGUUUGUUCCUCGAAUGUGGAUCUAUUACUGCACCCUGAGCUGCUGUCUCAAGAGUUUAUGCAGCUUGUCUUACGUGAGAAGCACGUCAGUACAAGGGACUGUGAGAGUCGGGACCACCUGACUGAGCUGUACCUCCGACAUGUCAUCCCUCUACCGCAGAGGACUUUACCCAACAGCCGCUGGGGCAGGAGGAUGGAGAAGACCCGAGCUAGGCAGACCCCUGCCAGUCACAGUAACGACCACAACAGAAAAAGGCCUCUCAUUGUGUUCGAUGGCAGUUCCUCCAACUCCGGGCCACUGAAAGUAAAGAAACCAGAAGGAACCUCUUUGUCGUCUGGAAUCACAGACAGGUUAAAACCACCCCCGGCUUCAAACCUGUCAAACCCCAUCCGCAAGCUCUCUGGAAACGCAUCUUCCCCUUCCUCAUCCUCAUCCAGUCAGAGCAGCACUGACACAGUCAGUCUUAAACGGGAAGCACAUAACUCAGGUGGGAUAAAGUCUCCAGACUUGAAGAAAAAGAUUCAGCAUGUAACAUGGCCCUGACCUUUGACCUCUCUUCCCACAAUCCAAAUGGAAGCCUAGACUCACAGUAAAUGUUGUUGCCAACCACUUCUUACUCUCCAUCAUUUGUACCCACUAACAGCAUCACAAAAAGGGACGAAAGCCUUUUGACCUGUGUCUGACGGCUGAUCACAGCUCCGGUUUGUUACUGUCGGCAACCAUGAUGGCGUGGAGCUCGACGAUCAUCCUGCUUUUACAGUAAAGACCUUCCUUGUUACUUUCCACUACCUGAAGUGCCCUUACUGUCAACGAUCAGCAACUUUCCUUUAAGUCUCCCACAACCAGACUUUCUUGCGGACAGGACAGGACUUGUUUUCUAAAAUAGAACGUGUGGGAUUCAAGGUUGUGGAUAUUCUGUUUCUGAGCAUGAUAUAGUUUUGGAAAGAACUGUGGAAUGGUAAGUCACUGUAAUGCUAGCUGCAUGGCUUGACUGGAGAGGCUGACUUUAAAAAGAUGCCAUAGACUCUCGUAGUCCUCAUGAAGAACUGAUCAACAAAGUGAGUGAGGCUUUUUAAAGAGGUUAUCAGGCAGUGGCAAAAUAACAGUGUUUCUCUGGUGAACCUUUUUAAAAUACAAACCACAGGUUAUACUGAAAAUGCUGAAGCAGGAGCUUGUGUCACAUUUGUUCUCAAUGAACUUCAUUCCUCAAAGGUUUGUCUUUUAUAGAACCGUUAUGCUGCUUUACAAAAUUUCAGGGGUUUUAAAAUAGAAACAUAAAAAAGUACUGGAUGUUGAACAUAACAUGAAAUGUAUCACACUCCAUUGCUAGAAAGCAAUUUUGUCAUAGGAAACCUAACCCUACAUCCAUCUAAUUUAAUACCACUUUUUAUAGUUCAGAUAAUUCAAAUGAAUCUGAUGUAAAGCAAGAAGAGCGUGUCUUUGAAUUUUAUUUAUUCUGAAAUGGACAUUGUAUUCAUUGUUUUUUAGAAGGAUGUCAAAUGAAAACAAGACACAGGCUGUGUCCAAAACCAUGUGCUAACAUACGACCUUCUACAUACUCAAACCGUGUAUACUGCAUACUAACUCGAUGGUCAAUAUGCUGUUGACAACACACUAAAUCACAUCCUCCCUGUGCAUUGGAGUGUUUCAUCAAUCAUUGAUUCCCAGUCUUAACUACAACGGCUGGGCUAGCUCGCCUGUCGUGUGGUAUAUAGAUUUCAACAAUGGUAAACAAAUGUUUACGUAAUUAUUUAAAGAUAUUUUCAACCACAAACAUAACUCAUUACUUAUAACAUAUGUAAGCCCCAUGUUGCUAGCUGGCGAGCUCCGCUAUCGUAUAUCUUGAAGAGUUGCAAUGCAUUUUUGGGGCAUUUGAAUAUGACAAGUGAGCUCCUGUGCCAUACUUAGAGACCGGGGCCAGUCAUGUUUACAUCCAGGCAUUCCUCGAAAACACUAAAUGUUGACUAUGAAUAGAAUAUAUGUUUACAUACAUCCUCAAUGUGAUGCCAUACUUCGUAGUAUGAUCAUAUGAAGUUUUGGACACAGCCACACAGCCUUUUGAAUUCUUGUCCAUUUCACUGUCGUGUUUGCACCAACCAUUGUUUUUAAAUAAAAUGAUUCAAUACAG